AUGAACUUCACCAUGGCUGUCGCCAAUAAGAAGCAACCAGCCAGUGCGAGGCGGAGCAAGAUAGAGUUCUGGGAUGGGAUGAAGGACACCUUCAUGAUGCCCAGCAUCCCCGUCACAGAGCGAAUACGCAUCUGGGACGUGGUGUCCAGCUACAUUCAAGAACACCUCCUGCUGCACAAGGGGGUCCGAAUUCCCACCCUCGGCUCCUUUGAUGUGGUCCCCACGCACAUCCAGGUUGGGAACAAGAAGGUCACUGUCCAGAGUCCCGUGUUUCACCUGGCCAGGAACCUUGCGGUCCACAACCUGAUGGAAUACAAGGCCUACCUGCCUGGCAAUAAGGAGCUAAAGCCCCUCAAGUAUGCUGAGGUGGCCGCAGCCGCCUCUGUGUCGCGGCGGAAAGUGGAGAUCUGCAUCCAAGGCACCAUGUCCCUCCUCUCUCAGUGCAUGGGGAAGGGGGAGAACGUCGCCCUUGUCCUGAAGGGCAUGGGGGUGCUCCUCAUCGAAGACAGGAGAGUGCAAAUGAACUUCUACUCUGAUUUCCUGGAGAAGAUUACUGCGAGGACGAUCCAGGAAGUGGCUGCACUCAAGGUUUUCCAGAUGCUAUCCCCCACGGUACCCAUUGCUUCCCUGACCUUCACCGGCCGCGUCAUCAUCUUUCCUGAGUGA